UCCUGUCGACUCUGCGGGGAAGCGCCAGAGAGACGAGACGACCAAGGAAGCUUUACGCCGUAUAAAGGGUAGACGGCAGCGUACCCACGCGACCGUGAUUUUGUGGCGGCCGGCGCAAUGCCAAACCCCCAAUACCGACAUGGCGUUGCUCCCGCCCCAAGACGGCUUAUUGCGGGCAUUUGUUUGGCAGUGUCCUUCUUCCUUCUUGCCGUGCUUGCCAUCUCCGAGUUUACCCCUGGCCGGAACGCGAAAAGGCCCACGCUAAGAGCCUUUCACGAAGGAGGCGCCGGUAGCUCGCCACUCUCCAAGGCGCGAGCCACACCCGCGGGCGACAAGUACCUGAUUGGGGUUGGGAAGGCUGAUAUCACCGGGCCUGUUGUGGAACUCAACUUGGCCGGCUAUGCUUCCAUCCCUCAAGUCGGAACUGGGCUUCGGCAGCGGCUCUACUCCAGGGCGUUCAUCAUAGGCGAUGUCGACAACCCCGACGACCGUUUCGUGUACCUCGUACUCGAUACGCAGUCCGGCGACACUGCGGUUCGGUACGGCAUCCUCGAGGGGCUGCAGGCCCUCGGCUCGUCCUACACCGUGUAUGGGCAGUCCAACGUGGCCGUGACUGGCACUCACUCACACAGCGGGCCCGGGGCUUGGUUCAACUACCUCUUGCCCCAGGUCACCAGUUUUGGGUUCGACAAACAGAGCUACCAGGCCAUUGUCGACGGUGCCGUGUUGUCAGUCAAGAGGGCCCACGAGUCUCUCACAACCGGAUAUCUCGACAUAGGCACCACAAAUAUCACCGAUGCCAACCUGAGUCGUAGUCUCUACGCAUACCUCGCCAACCCGGCCUCCGAGAGAGCUCAGUACAGCGACAGCGUUGAUAAGACCCUCACUCUCCUGCGGUUCCAGCGCGAGUCCGAUCUCAAAAACAUCGGCGUCCUGACCUGGUUCCCCGUGCACGGAACCUCCAUGCUUGAGAACAACACCCACAUCAGCGGCGACAACAAGGGGGUAGCCGCCUGGCUGUUUGAGCAAUCCGUAAAGGGCGACAGCCGGGCCGCGGACGGCUUCGUGGCGGGCUUCUCCCAGGCGAACGUUGGGGACACGACCCCCAACGUGCUGGGCGCCUGGUGCGACGACGGGUCCGGCCAGAUGUGCAGCCUCGAGAACAGCACCUGCGCCGACGGCAAGUCGCAGUCCUGCCAUGGCCGGGGGCCCGAGUUCCAGAAGCUCGACCUGGGCGUGUCGAGCUGCUACGAGAUUGGGCGCCGGCAAUACGCGGGAGCCAAGAAGCUCUACGAUGACCUCGACUCGACCUCCACCCCAGUCGCGGGAAGCACAGUCAAGUCCUUCCACAUCUACAAGGACAUGCGCUACUUCAGCUUCCCCCUCGACAACGGCACCACGGUAGAGACGUGCCCCGCCGCCCUGGGCUUCUCCUUCGCGGCCGGCACGACCGACGGCCCCGGCGCCUUCGACUUCACGCAGAACGACCCAGGCGCGCCCAACAACCCCCUCUGGUCCGUCGUGGGCGGCCUGCUCCGCGCGCCCUCCCCGCGCCAGGUUGCCUGCCAGGCGCCCAAGCCGGUGCUCCUCGACGUCGGCGAGAUGGACGCGCCCUACGCCUGGGCCCCCAACGUCGUCGACAUCCAGGCCCUGCGCGCCGGCCAGCUGCUCGUCGUCGUGUCCCCCUCCGAGGCGACGACCAUGGCCGGGCGCCGGUGGCGCGCCGCCGUCGCUGCUGCCGCUUCGGAGGAGCUCGGCCUCGGGCAGACGCCGCACGUCGUUCUCGCCGGCCCGGCCAACACGUACGCCCACUACGUCGCCACACCGGAGGAGUACGCCAUCCAGCGCUACGAGGGCGCUAGCACGCUGUACGGCCCUUGGCAGCUGCCCGCCUACGUCAACCUGACGGUCGAGAACCUGCGGUAUCUAUCGCCCACCGCCGCCGCCGCGAGCGCCGCCCCCGACCCGGGCCCGUCGCCGCCGGACAACCGCCAGAAGAGCCUGUCGUUUAUUGCGGGCGUGGUGCAGGACGGGGCGCCGAUCGGGAGCGCGUUCGGGCGGUGCACGGCGCUGCGGCCGGGGAAGGGGCCGUUCCCCGCGGCGGGUGGGGUCGUCGUGGAGGCGACGUUCGUGGGCGCGAACCCGAGGAAUGAGUUGAGGCUCGGGGACACGUUCGCGGCGGUGGAGCGGCUUGGUGGUGGUGGUGGUGAUGGGGGGUCGUGGACGAGGGUGCGGGAUGAUGCGGAUUGGGACCUUGUGUUCUCGUGGAAGCGCACGAACUGGCUGCUUGGGUAUAGCGAGGUGGUUGUCAGCUGGGAGACGGGGGUUGGGGAGGUCAGGCCGGAGCCGGGGACGUAUCGGUUGCGGUAUUUUGGAAACGCGAAGAGUUUGCUGGGGAAGAUCACGGCGUUUUCGGGCGCGAGUGAUAGCUUUGAGCUGGUGUGAGUAUGCUGGGGAUAUAUGAAGGAAUGAUCUUUAAUCUCUAAUCCUCUGGUUGAUACGGCUUAUAUCUUGGACAUACCAUUCCCACCGGCAUUUAGACCUUGAGAAGCAGGACACUAUUUGAUACUUAAACCCGCCUCUUCACUUUCUUAUUUGCCCGUCUUAAUACCGUCCGUGUUGCUUUUUUGUUUCAUCAAGCCAAUCUGGGCAGCAAUGACGACGAGGACGGGUAGGAGUAGGAGUAGCUGAGUAAUUUGAAAAGUAUCGUUCUGGCUAAGAGAGAAUAAAUACCUGCCUAGAGUUUGAUUCAAAUUCCGCAAUUCAUUAACCAUGAGUCUCAUCUUCCCAUAUCAAAUGAUAAACACCGACUCCUCCAAUCCUAGCGAACGAACCACAACACCCCUUGACCACCCAGCAAUUAAC